GGCAAAAGUACGAGGUGUCUCCUAUGUGGUCUCCACCCCCGAGUAAGGCCUGAGACCUACUCCAGAGGUCUCCGCAUUUUCUCUCUUCAAACAGAACAGCCGGCAGGGCAGGAGGAUGCAGCGGCCGGCGAAAGAGACCGGGCUCAAAGGCCCGCGGGAGCGGACUGGGAAGAGUGCGCCAGGAGCAAGGCCCAAGGAGGAGCGUGCCAAGGGGGCUCCUGCGACAGAGCCCCCUAAGCCGGGAUGGGCCCUGACACUGGAGGGACUGGCGGCCAUGCUCCCCGCGCAGCGCCACCGCCAUCUACUCUUCGGGGACCUGCUGGAGGACGUGGGCGCAACCGCCUCGAUCUUCCCGCGCGAUUCGGUGGAGCUAGGGUACCGCAUGCCCGACUCGCGCGCGUGCACCCAGUCACUCGAGCUGCCGGCAGAGCGCCAGAACCGGCUCCUCGGCGUCCUCAAGGCAGCCGAGGCCCGCGGGAGAGUCCGCGCCCUGAGGCUGCGCUACACACGCAUGCGGGCGGAAGAGAUCUCGCUCCUCAUCCAGCGGCAGAAGUCCGCGCGCGCCGCCAUCCGGCUCGAGCUAUUUCUGCCGCCGCAGCUAAAGCCCACGCGGAUCCCGGAUCCCCUAGACCGCCAAGAGCGGAGGCGCGUGGAGACCAUUCUGGAGGAGAGCGCCGACGGCCGCAUCUUCCCGCGCUAGUGUGCGUCUCCCACCACCCUCCCAUAUAAAGUUCUGGUUCUCCCAGGGCUUCUUGGUCUUUCUGGUUCCUCUCCCCAGGACCCCCCGGAGAGCAAGGGCGGAAUGUGGACGCCGCCUCUCCCACAUCAUCAGGGGACAGGGAGUAGGACUCUCCCCAGUAGUGGGCACCACAGUAA